AUGAAAUUUCACACUGUAGACAUUCAGGCAGAUUUCCUGGCCGUUAUAAAUGAUGCACUAAACGGCAAGAUAGACGAGGAGACAAUUUGGGUGAGAGUGGACGGCCGCUCCCUGCGCAUUGCGGUUAAAUCCGGUGCGGGUAGCGCAGGCUACAGGUGCGUGGAGGACCCGGCAGUCACGUUUGCGCAGGUUUCCGCGCGCAGGUUCGAGUUGGCGCUGGCGCCGGGCGCUGAGCGGGUCGUUUUGCGGCCACCAAAAGCGUACCUGUUUGCGGAUGCGGAUGCGGGCGCCAGCAUAAACUGCGUUGCGGUGAGCGCCGAGCAUGCGGUUGCGGUCACGGGCGACAGUAAUGGAACUUUAUCUAGUUUCUCAUUGGACCGCGAUAGUGUGCGCUUGGCGCGCAGGUUGCGGCUGGCCGAUGCGCACAUGUCGGAUGUGACGGCUGUUCUGAUUUUCACAAGCGGGUCGGUGGCGCUCAGCGCAGGGCUCGAUUACACGAUCAAGAUUUGGUCGCUCGCUGACGGUUCAUGUCCGCGCACCAUGCGCGGUGCGCAGAAAGGGCGCAUCACGGCAGUGUCAUUAGUGGGGGCGCGCGGGCGCAACUUUGUCAGCGCGUCGCUGGACGGCUCCGCUUGCAUCUGGGAGUGCGGAUCCGCUCGGUGCGCGCAUACGUUCCGCCGCGUGCGCAAACCACGGGACCCAGUGCUAAGCUUGGCAGUGCAGGAUUACCAGCCGGCAGCACCUGCGCCGGAAAUUUCGCAUUCGCCGGAGGAUUCCGGACUAUUCUUUGAGUGUGCCGGCAAGAGGCUCUUUUGCGGCCACGGGUCCGGCACGGUCACCGUGUGGGACUUGGGCAGGCGGGCAUUUGCCGGGGAGGUGCAGGCCGCGGAGAGUGGUGAGGCAGACUCCCUGGGCGGGGUGAACGCGAUUGCCGUCGCGGGCCGAGAAAGUAUCGUGGUGGGGUUCGAAAAAAAGGCCGUGGUGAGGUGCUUUGACCUGGGGGCUUGCGGCGCGGGCGAUAAAAUAUCUUCGCGACUAAGGUGGGAGGUGGCGAUGGGCAAUGCCGAGGGGGAGCAGGAAAUCAAGAAACUUGAAAUUUUAGGGGAUACCGUGGUGUGCUUGAGCACGGAUGAAUUUGUAACAUUGAAUAUUUCUGAUGGAAGUGCAAAUGAAUAUUUUGUGGGAUACGAUAGCGUGUUGAACGAUUUCUCAAUAUCAGGGGGAAAUAUUUUUGCCUGUGGGAAGGAAGGAUUACUUUUGGAGUACUGA